AUGGCGGCUCCGUUUCAUCGAUCCUACUCCGACGAGAAUCGCGUCGUCUCGCCGACCACUGCGCCGCUGACACGUGGAGCAUCAGUAGGAGGAGCGGUCGGAGGAGCAGGAGCGUCGGUCCCAGCAGGCGCUGUUGCACCAGUGCGUGUGUCGCACGGUCCUCCUGUCUAUCCCACUGCUACCGGGUAUGCUACUAACGGGGAUGGGCACUCUGGGGGCUCGCGGGGGUCCCUGGGGAGCGGAGGCGGGAGCGCCAGGGCGCUUUCGAGAUCCAGCAGCGGGGCUGUUAAUAACGCGGAUGGAAUGGGCAAUACUAACGGAGAGGGGGGGAGUGGGAGGAGGCUGAGGCGCGUGGAAAGCGGGGAGGGGAGCGGGAAGCAGCACUGGUCCGGUACAAGCAGCAGCGCGCUCUCUGCUUAUAACGAAACGCCUCGUGCCUGGGGGAGCCACGUGUCCGGCGCUGGUGACAAUAGCGGGGGCGCGAUUCUCGAGCUGGGUGACUAUAACGACCAGGUCCCCCCAUCCCCGUUCCCAGAACCUAUCAAGGAAGAGGAAGCUUCCGUGGAAGGCAGGAAUGUUCCUAUGCCGGAUGUGACUCUAGAGGAGGAGCUGUCAGAGUCUCUAAUGCCGCUCAAGUGGGUGUUCUUCCCGGAAGCAGACCCCGUCCAGCAGUUUCGCGGAAAGCCGUGGCGCGAGAAGAUCUGGGUGUUCCUUAAGGGCGUGUUCCCGAUCCUCGCGUGGCUUCCUGAGUACGACUGGCGGUACUACCUGCUGGGUGACAUUAUCGGAGGAGUUUCCAUCGCUGUCAUGUCCGUGCCACAGGACGUAUCAUACGCCAAGUACGCCAACAUGCCUGCCGAGUUCGCUCUCCGCACCAGUUUCAUCCCGCCGCUGCUCUACGCAAUCCAGGGCUCGUCCAAGCACCUGGUCAUCGCGCCCGUGUCAGUCAUCUCUCAGCUGCUCGGGACCUCCGUCAGCGCACUCGUCAACCCCGCCACCGACCCGGCACUCUACACCAGCCUCAUUGUCACCGCCACCUUCUUCUGCGGCCUCUUCCAACUCAUCAUGGGGCUCUGCCGGUUUGGAUUCCUGGUGGAUUUCCUGAACCAGCCGACCAUUGUGGGUUUCCUGUCGGGCUGCUCGCUCACCAUUGCCAUCCAGCAGCUGAAGCUCAUCCUGGGCUACAAGGACUUCACACUCAGCACCAGCAUCGUCAACAUCAUAGCUGCCAUCGUGCAAUACAGCUACGAGUUCCAGUGGAAGGCGUUCGUCAUGGGCAUGUCAUUCUUCCUCUACCUCUCCACAGUGCGCCUGCUGCUGCACCUGAGGCCCAAGAACAAGGUGCUAUACUACCUCAACGCGCUGGGCCCGCUCAUUUCCAUCCUCGUCUCCACUGUCAUCGUGGCAACUGCAGGGCUGGCCGACAAGGGCAUUCCCACUAUAGGGAAGAUAAGCACGGGGCUGCACGGAGCCUCCUCUAUAUCCUACCUCAACUUCUCUAAAGAGCAUGUUGCUGACGCCGCUGCCGUCGGCUUCAUCGCCUGCCUUGUCUCCCUUGCGGCAUCCUCCUCCAUCUCCUACCUCAACUUCUCCAAAGAGCAUGUUGCUGACGCCGCCGCUGUGGGCUUCAUCGCCUGCCUUGUCUCCCUCGCGAUGGUGGCGUUCGGUUCAAUGAAUCUGGUCGGCUCCGUCACCUCCUGCUACGUGGCAACAGGCUCCUUCUCCCGCACGGCAGUGAACAUGCUAGCAGGAGCUAGGACAGCGCUCACGCAAGUCAUCAUGGCUCUCCUCAUUCUGCUCGUGCUGCUCGUCGCUGCUCCGCUCUUCAAGAACGUUCCCAACUGUGUGGUUGGUGCAGUCAUCGCCUAUGCUGCCCUGAACCAGCUCGACUUCCACGCAGCAGCAGUGUUGUGGAGGGUAGACAAGAUGGAUUUCCUCGUCAUGUCAGGCUGCUUCCUCGCCAUCCUCUUCGGCUCCCCCGAGAUCGGCCUGCUAGUCGCCAUCCUUCUCUCCCUCAUCAAGAUCCUCCUCCGCAUCCUCCGCCCGCACAUCCGCCUGCUGGGACUCCUCCCCAACGCCGCUGCUACAGCCGUGAGCGUGCUACAGUUUCCCAACAGCACGCUGUGUGAGGGGAUCGUGAUGCUGAGGGUGGAAAGUCCUUUGUAUUUUACCGGAGCUAAUUUUGUGCGGCAGCGGGUGAAGAAGCUGUGUGACGCUUAUGCAAGGGGUUACCAGCAGCCAGUCAAGCACUGUGUGUUGGAUCUAUCUGUGAUGCAUGACAUUGACGUGACGGCCAUAGAGGCAAUGAGGGACCUGCACCGCGAUCUCACACAGAUGGGCAUCCAGGUGAGCUGA